AUGUUAGGACCAAGUUCCACAUUAGGCGAUGUAUCGCUAAUUCCAACCGAUACCAAUCAAACUCAAACAAGACCGAAUGACACCGAAACAAAUUCACAACAUGUAAUAAACCAGCGAGUGAACGGAUGUGAAAAGCGAUUGGAUGAAAUGGAAGAACGAUUGAAACGUGUAGAAGAUGGAAGAGCAAUUACGAAUCAGCCAUUGUGUAAUAUGGAAUUUUUCAUUGUUGGCGAUACGAAACAACCGAGGAAUGUUAUCGAACACAAGAUUCGUAUGAUGGGCGGUCGACUAGCAUCUGAAAUACAUUCACGUCUGGCUGCAGUCAUUUCAAAUGCUGAUGUUGUGAACAAAGGUGGAGAAGACAUUCAUCCAGCCUUCUUACAUCGCAUCCAAAUAAUAUCCGAUGAAUUGGUGGGCAGCUUCCUAGAAAAUGAUCCAAUUGAAUUGAUCAUCGGAAAUGAUUUGAGUAAAUUUGGAAAAGAUCCAUACGAACGGAUGCCAGAACAAAAAGACGCCUUCAAGACAUUGAGACAAUACGAAACAUACAAUACAAAUGAAAUUUCCGUGCCAAAUUAUAAUGUCUACUGUGAAAAUAAUAUCCGAUACGAAGCAAUGCUGAACUUCAUUGACAUCGAUAUAAAUAAGAAUUCGUUUCUGAAAUUAGAAUUAAUCGGACAAACUAUGAUCGAGACGAAGGGACGAAUAAAUGACAUUUCAUCUGGUUUCAAGAAACAGACGCGCCACUCAAGCGUAGAAGAGGGUAAGGCAGCAUUCAAAAAUAUCUACGCUCAUUUGACUGGUAAUGAAUUUGUGAAAUACGGUUUCGAUAAGCAACCAGGAAAAUACAAUCGCGUGGAUAUAUUGAACUACACCCGUUCAAUUGAAGUCAACUAUGUAAACAGUAAAUUGGAUAGCUCUCUAUACAAUUUGAUGAAAAUGUUGUUUCACGGUGAUGUAUUGGAAAAAACAUUGCUCGAUUAUUGUCUGGUCUAUGAUGGGAUGCCUCUGGGUGGAAUAAAGAAACGAACCAUUCGAUGUGCCAUUCAUCUAUUGGACCAAAUCCCAUAUAUGUUGGAUGUCGGCAAUUCACGUUCAAUUGUGGCAUUUUCAAAUCAAUUUUAUUCAUAUUUUCCUCAAGCAUUUGGACAACGCCGACCACCAUUAGUCAACACACUUGAAAUAGUCCAGGAAAAAAUCGAUUUACUAAAUAAAGUCUUAGCCAGAUAUGAACAGUAUGAAACAAUGACAGAUCGAAAAUACAAUCGAAAAAACCUUCUCGAUGUUUGUUACGAGCAUUUACAAGAGUCGGUUGAAAUAAAAAUACUACGCAAGUCUUCACCAAUGCACCAACAAAUAAGCGAUUACAUUUUGAAUACACAAAAACAGGAUGAUCCAACAGCCCAUUACGAUCCAGGUCCAUGUGAAAUGAUUGAUAUAUUUGAAAUAGAACGACAUGAAGAAACUAUACGUUAUCUGUCACACGAAGACAAUUUCAAUCGUCAAUUGUUAUUUCAUGGCUCGGGCAUGCAAAAUUUCGUUAGUAUUUUGACAAAUGGCCUAAAGGUAGAGGUAAACGAUGUAUACAUAUCCGGUUCAGCAUUGGGAAAAGGGAUUUAUUUUGCGGACACAGUAACAAAAGCGACCAGAUAUUGUCAUCCCAUCGACGGUAUCGGAUUAGUGUUGUUGUGUGAAGUUGCUGCAGGCCGAACAGGAAGUCGAUAUUCUUAUGAUCCAGCACCACUGAACACCAAAGCAUUCGAAUCAGUUCAAGCGAUUGGUAAAUGGCAUCCUGGUUCAUUCAAAACACGACCCAAUGGUCUAAAAAUUCCAAACACCAGAAUUGUUGAACGGAUUGGUGUAAAAACAGACCUUGUUUUUAACGAAUUUGUUGUGUUCGACGAGUCACGAGUAAAACUAAAAUAUUUAGUCAAAUUAAAAUUCACCGGAAAAGAACGAUAUGGAAAAUGA